UUGCAGAAAACAAAAAAGGCAAAAAAUGUGAAGAAUUUGGAUGUGAACAAAGAGGUGGGCUCAAAAGCUAACAGUAACAAGGCGGAAUCACAACCUAUUCCUGCAAUUGUAGGAAAGAUUUCAUCCAAGGGCUCAUCUCCUGAUGCGACACCAAAAGGAACGCCACUUGUGAGUGAGCAAGUGAUCCAAUCUCUUAGCAAGUCAUGUCUUUGGCUACAUGCUCGGGUUAGCAACUUGCCGAUUCUUCCCCAAUAAAGGUGGAUUUGGAGAAGUCUCAAUUCCACACCUAGGUGAAGAUUCAGCUACUUGGGUAUAUAAAGUGGAUAUUCGGGAAUUCCUCUGUGGAGUGAUGUUAAAUAUAUCAAUAUUACAAGUUUUCAUGAGUGCACUUUACGAAGAUUUACUUGGAUGUGAUUCUGUUUCGAAAGUUGGGUGGUUAUGUCCACAAGAGAUUCGUGAUGCCAAUUGCUUGCACAACCAUGCUGAAGCGAAUGAGUACAUUGAACGGAGUAUUAGACAAUGUGUUCGAUCGGGAGAUAAGUAUAUUAUUGCUCCAUACAUUGAAGAUGUGAUGAAGAAACUGCGUGGUUCUGGUCCCAGAAGAGCCACACUUACUCAAUGGAAAUCGGUGAAGUGCGCACAACAACAUGACGGGGUUGCUUGCGGCUAUUAUGUGAUGAGGUUUAUGUACGAUAUAAUUUCUUCUUGCACGGAAUUUGAUGAUCUAGAGAAGAUUUACAACACGCCAAAGGAGGAGUCGUUCACUAUUGAGGAAAUCAAUGAAGUUCGAGACAAGUUUGCUUCCUUCCUUACUGAUAGUUGUCUUUGAUUUUGAUAUUUAGUUACGUAUGAUGUAAAAACAUACUUUGAAUUUAGA